AUGCCAGUAAGAUGAACAAACAGUUUUUUCUAAUAAUUCUUAUUAUUGUAUUUGUUUUUUUAACUUUUUAUUACACCUCAGGACCUUCUGGCAUUACAUUGCCAUCACAAAAUGCAUAUACUCAGGUGUCACAGUCAGAUAUUGUUAUUUACAAUCGCGUAAGUUACCAAACAGCCCUUUUCAGUUUGUUUAGAUUCCAAAAACGGGUUCUACGACAUUUACUAAUGCUAUCGGAUAUGAUCUAUGCAAGACAAAUCACUUUAAUGCUAUUCACAUUAACAUAACGAAGAACUUGAACUACUUGAACGUCGCAGAUCAAGCAAGCUUUGUAAAAAACGCCACAGAAUGGAAGGAGAAGCUGCCAGCCUUCUAUCACGGGCAUAUGGCCUUCCUUAACUUCAAUAAGUUUGGAUACAAGAACCCUAUCUACAUCAACUUACUGAGAGAUCCGUUGGAGCGCUUCGUAUCUUACUACUACUUCUUGAGAUACGGUGACAACUUCAGGAUUGGCCUGAAGAGGAGCAGAUCAGGCAAUAACGUCACUUUUGACGAGUGUAUUCAGAAGAAAGGACGAGAUUGUGACCUGGAAAAGAUGUGGGUUCAGAUUCCCUACUUUUGUGGACAUUACAGCUUCUGCAGGUAAGCUUUUCAAACUUUAGGUAACAAUUAAUUUGUUUUGAUUCAUCAAUGAUAAUUUUUCUAGAAAACCAGGGAAUAAAAUGGCAUUAGAAACAGCAAAGUACAAUUUGAUAAACUACUAUCUCUUGGUCGGAUACACAGAUAGGAUACGAGACAUGAUUAUGUUAUUAGAGAGGACAGUACCCCGCUUCUUCCGUGGAGCUUUGAAGCAUUUUGAUGGUCUAGAUGGUAAGUUUUAACUCUUUUUUUAUUUUAUUCUUUAGAAAACCGGGCUCAUUUGAGAAGUACGACCAAAAAGAUAUUACCUAAAAAGGAAACGGUCGAUAAAAUCUCACAGAAUACGAUUUAUGCCAUGGAGAAAGAGUUUUACGAUUUCGCUGUUGACGAGUUUGAUUCGGCUUACGAAAAAGUAAUUGAUGAAGAGAAUGAGACCAAAUAUCACUACGAAAAGAUAAAGCCAUGA